UCCGGGGGUGGGUCGCGCGCAGGUAGCCGUCCCGGUGCCGCGCCAUGGUGGACGUGCUGGGCGGCCGGCUUCUGGUGACCUGCGACGGCGCGGCGGUGGAGGCCGAGGCGGCGCUGCAGAACAAGGUGGUGGCGCUGUAUUUCGCAGCCGGCCGGUGCGCGCCGAGCCGCGACUUCACGCCGCUGCUCUGCGACUUCUACACGGAGCUGGUGGACGAGGCGCAGCCGCCCGCGCCCUUCGAGGUGGUCUUCGUGUCGGCCGACGGCAGCGAGGAGGAGAUGCGGGACUUCAUGCACGAGCUGCACGGCGCCUGGCUGGCGCUGCCCUUCCACGACCCGUUCCGGCUUGAACUGAAGAAGAGGUAUAACAUCACAGCCAUCCCCAAGCUCGUGAUUGUGAAGCAAAGUGGAGAGGUCAUCACUGACAAAGGACGGAAGCAGAUCCGGGAGCAUGGGCUCCCCUGCUUCCGAAACUGGGUCGAAGUGGCUGACAUCUUUCAGAAUUUCUCUGGUUGAAUUUGGCGGGAUCUCAGAGGACCAGGGCCGGCACUUGUCACACCAUUUCUACAGUCAAACACGCAGGAGAACGAGAAGAUUGUGCUUAGUUUCCUUUCUCUAGUGGUACUAUUUUAUUGAAUUUCAGAUUAUAAGCACUUAACUGUGGCAGAAAGUAAAUGGUGCUCAGGGCAAACACCCUCCCGCUUUGUGCAGGAUAUUAGUUUUUCCAUAUGAGUGAAAGGAGAGACCCUGGUCUGUUCACAUGGAGCUAUUGAAAAUCUAUGCAAAACAUUUAUUUGUACAGGUUUUUUCAGGUAAAAUAAUAUAUGAUACAUUUUUCUGGUGAUAAACUUAUUUUAAUAAUAUACUUUUACAACUCUAUUUCUUAAUAAAGUGUGUAGAGUCUAUAUGCUUUAAUAAACAAACCUAUUUCUAUGUCGUGCAGCCCUGAUUUCCUUCUUUCUCAGUCUCAACUGAGUGCCAGUUGUAGGAAAAUGAAUCACUAGAUAAAUACCAUGGUUAAACAGCUUUUUUAAUUUUUUAUUUCUCAAUAGUGGUAGUUUUUAAUUAUGUAUCUUUUUGGAUUUUUCUUGUCUUUGCUUUCA